AUGGCUGUAUUUUUUCAAUAUGUAUCUAAAGAUCUUAUUGACGAUGACAAAGAGCAAUUUGUUUCAUAUAUUCUUGAUUCACAGGCAGAUUUCAUUUUCAAUGUAUAUAAUCGCAUUGCAAGUGGCUAUUAUUUAUCAAAACGCAUGAUUAAUGAAAUUCCCCGCGGAUAUAAUGUUCUUAAAAUUGCAAACAUUGAAGUAAUGCAUAAUUAUGACAAAGAAUCACGCCAAGUAACUUGGAAUAUUGGUGCCUCAGAUAUAUGGAAUUUCAGUGAGAUUCAUGAACUCUUUAAUUAUCUUCCUUUUUUCCUUAAAAUAGUUCCAUUUAAGGAACAAGAAAAUCCUCCCAAAUACACAGACUUCUAUUUUAAAGACACUGAUCCUAGUGAUCGUUUAAUUCUAGAACUUGAUUUUGAUCGAAAAUAUAUUGAAGGAAAUCGAUAUAAGGCUUUUACAAUAAUUAUUAACAAAAAAAUGAGUCAAGCUGUUAUAAUAAGGAAUAACAAAGAUAUACCUUAUUUAAUCGAGGAUGUUAUUAACAGAGUUCAAAUUUCAAAAUGUGUAAUUCCUUCAAAUAAGUUAAGCAAAAAACUGACACGUUAUACCAACUUCAAUUCACCAAUAAUUAA